AUGCAUAGCUCUGCCCAUUCCGACUCAGAGCUGAAAGAACUGUUCCUCCUGAAACGGCAGGAGUUUUGGAAAGACCCAGCUUCGGCGGGUGACCUUGAGGCCUACGCACGCCAGGAUGAUACGCACGACUACACCGUUUUGGAAGGAUUCAUUCCUCCCACUCUAAUAGGAAGGGAAACUCCCGGAGGUCAAUCUCAUUGGAGGAAGUCUGAUACAUUCUUCACGGGUUUCGCCAAAAACUACCCUGAUCAAGUUCUUUCGGAGAGUGAGGAUUCGUUCAUCAUCGGGAAUGCUGCAAGCCACGACACUCGUCAAUAUCUUGCGAAAUGGGACCGCGAUAGUAAGGACCGAACUUCCUCUGCCGGAAUGUCAUAUGUGCACCUCUUAGCCAUUCCAAAGAAGAGAGUCUACAAUGCUGUCUCCCUUGAAGACCCUGCCAUCAUCGAAGAAAUGAUUGCUCACUUUUGGCAGUUCUGGGAAAGUCCUGAGUCCAGAAGCAAGAUUUCGUGGUGGCUGAAGGAGGCAGUAGAACGACGAGCUGCUUCUGUCAUGGAUACCCUCAAAUCUCAAACCUCAACUAAUGAGUUCCAAUCCGUAAUGAAGGAUGUGUUAGUCUCGACCGAGAAAUUUGCCAGGAGAUUGCGCGAACUCAGGGCCUCCAAGGACGACAGAUCAUUCGUCUUCGGAUUUCAUCCUGCACCAGAGGCGAGCAUCGGACACCUUCAUAUGCACAUCGUUUUAGCAGCCGCAGAAUUUCGGGAGUUCAGCACUCGUGUCCAUGACUGGAAGACCAUCCCUGCGAAGACAGUGGUCGAGGUCAUCAGCGAGGAAGCAAGAAGGUGCGAUCCUGAUUGA